AUGAAAUGGAUUUUGUCUUUGUGCUGCCGAAGUGUAAGGAAGAGAUAUGCAGUGACGUUACUUGGCUUGCAGAAUGACCAAAGGCGAGUACUGCAGUACCUGAAUCCCAACGGAAAAGAUAAUAAGAACAUAAGGCCUUUUUCUGAGGAUGUGUGUGUGGUUCAUGGGAUGGAAUUGGUUUUGCAAUCGCUUGAUGAUGAUUCAGACCUGUAUGAGAUAAGAGGGAUACAUGUGAGUCAUUGCGCAGCAGUGAUGUUUUCGGUUGAUGCAGAUGACAGCGACUCAGUGGAAAAGUGUGUGUCAUUGCUGAAUGAGGAGGUGAUUAAGACUAAGGAUGUUGUGGUUGUGUUCUGUAAGUCUAAUGUAUAUGGAAGUGUGUCAGUGGAUGCAUUGAGACGAAGCUGUGAGGAGAUUGGGCAUGGGAAGAUUGAGUUUGUUGUGUAUGAGGAUGAGAAGAUAGCAGUGUCUGUGCAAAAAGGAGUUGACUGGAUAUGCAAUCGAUUGGAUGAUUGA